CGCGGAGGGUGCGACACGUGCGGCUCAGGCCCCGGGACUGCUCGGCCUGCGCAGGCCCGGGACGGACCCCUGGGAGAGCGACGCGCGGAAGAAUACAGGGUCAUAUUCCAGAGUUAAUUGUUCAUGGCACAUGCUGUUAGAGGAUACUCAUUGGCACUUAUUUUUAUAAUCAUGUGGCUGUUGAUUAAAGCAAAAAUAGAUGUGUGCAAGAGAGGAGAUGUGACUGUGAAGCCUUCCCAUGUAAUUUUACUUGGAUCAGCUGUCAAUAUUUCAUGCUCUUUGAAGCCCAAACAAGGCUGCUUGCACUACUCCAGUUUGAACAGGUUAAUCCUCUACAAGUUUGACAGAAGCAUCAGUUUUCACAAUGGUCACUCCCUCACUUCUCAAGUCACAGAUCUUCCCCUUGGUACCACCUUAUUUGUCUGCAAACUGUCCUGUAUCAAUAGUGAUGAGAUUCGAAUAUGUGGAGCAGAAAUCUCAGUUGGUGUUGUUCCAGAACAGCCUCAAAAUGUGUCUUGUAUACAGAAGGGAGAGCAAGGCACCGUGGCCUGCACCUGGGACAGAGGACGAGACACCCACCUGUACACUGAGUAUGCUUUACAGUUAAGUGGACCAAAAAAUCUAAGUUGGCAGAAGCAAUGUAAAGAUUAUUAUUGUGACCAUUUGGACCUUGGAAUCAACCUCACCCCUGAGUCACCUGAAUCCAUCUUCACAGCCAAGGUUACUGCCAUCAAUAGUCUUGGAAGUUCUUCUUCAUUUCCAUCCACAUUCACAGUCUUGGACAUAGUGAGGCCUCUUCCUCCGUGGGACGUUAAAAUCGAAUUUCAAAAUGCUUCUGCCAGCAGAUGCAGCCUUCAGUGGCGAGACGAGGGACGGGUGCUGCUUAAUCGACUCAGAUAUCGGCCCAGGAACAACAGAGCCUGGAAUAUGGUUACUGUUACAAAUGCCAAAGGAAGACAUGAUUUGCUGGAUCUGAAACCAUUUACAGAAUAUGAAUUUCAGAUUUCCUCUAAGCUACAUCUUUAUAAAGGAAGUUGGAGCGAUUGGAGUGAAUCAUUGAGAACACAAACACCAGAAGAAGAGCCUACUGGGAUGUUAGAUGUCUGGUACAUGAAACAGCACAUUGACUACAACAGACAACAGAUUUCUCUUUUCUGGAAGAAUCUGAGUGUCUCAGAGGCAAGAGGAAGAAUCCUCCACUAUCGGGUGACCUUGCAGGAGGUGACAUGGGGGAAAGCCCCGUUCCAGAACAUCACCGGGCACACUUCCUGGACUUGGGUCGUUCCUAGAACUGGGAACUGGGCUGUGGCUGUGUCGGCAGCAAAUUCCAAAGGCAGCUCCCCACCCACUUGUAUUAAUAUAACAAACCUGUGUGGGGCAGAGUUGCUGGCUCCCCGCCAGGUCUCUGCAGACUCAGGGGGCGUGGACAACAUUGUGGUGACCUGGCAGCCUCCCAGGAAAGCUCCCUCUGCUGUUCAGGAGUACGUGGUGGAAUGGAGGGAGCUCCGUGCAGGAGGGGACACACAGCCCCCUCUAAACUGGCUGCGGAGUCCCCCCUACAAUGUGUCUGCUCUGAUUUCAGAGAACAUAAAGCCCUACAUCUGUUAUGAAAUCCGUGUGUAUGCACUGUCAGGGGAUCAAGGAGGAUGCAGCUCCAUCCUGGGUAACUCCAAGCACAAGGCACCACUGAGUGGCCCCCACAUUAAUGCCAUCACAGAGGAAAAGGGGAGCAUUUUAAUUUCAUGGAACAGCAUUCCAGCCCAGGAACAGAUGGGCUGCAUCCUCAGUUACAGGAUAUACUGGAAAGAACGGGACUUCAAUUCCAAACCUCAGCUCUGUGAAAUUCCCUAUAGAGUCUCCCAAAAUUCACAUCCAAUAAACAGCCUGCAGCCCAGGGUGACAUAUGUCCUGUGGAUGACAGCUCUGACAGCUGCUGGUGAAAGUUCCCAAGGCAAUGAGAGGGAAUUUUGUCUGCCAGGUAAAGCCAAUUGGAAGGUGUUUGUGGCACCGAGCAUUUGCAUUGCUAUCAUCAUGGUGGGCAUUUUCUCAAUGCGUUACUUCCGGCAAAAGGUGUUUGUUCUCCUUUUAGCCCUCAGACCUCAGUGGUGUAGCAAAGAAAUUCCAGACCCAGCAAAUAGCACUUGGGCCAAGAAAUACCCCAUUGUGGAGGAGAGGACACAACUGCCCCUGGACAGGCUCCUGACAGCCUGGCCCGCUCCUGAGGAACCUGAGCCCCUGGUGAUCAAUGAAGUCCUUCAUCAAGUGACCCCAGUCUUCAGACAUCCCCAUCAGCCUUACUGGCCAGACCAGGGACAAGGAGUCCAAGGUCACCGUACCUCUGAGGAAGACACAGUGCACAGUGCCUCAAGCCCACUGCCUCCGCAAGCUCUCCCGGCUGAGAGAAGACAACUAGUGGAUCUCUACGGGGUGCUGGGGAGCAGGGGCCCCGAAGCAAAGCCAGGAAACCCAACCAGUCCCUUGACGGUCCUCCCGGUUGACUACCUUCCCACCCAUGAGGGCUACUUGCCCUCCAGCCUAGAUGAGGCUCCUCUCUCUGACCCUCUGGGAGAACUGGAGCCUCAGCACAUCGCUCUUUCUGUUUUCCCCUCAAGCUCCUUUCACCCACUCACCUUAUCCUGUGGUGAGAAGCUCACUCUGGGGCAGUUAAAGAUGGGGUGCGACUCCCUCAUGCUCUGAGUGGUGAGACUUGAAGCCUGGUGGGUCAGUGUGUCCCCAGCCAGCACAGCCUGCCCCAUUCACCCAGCCUCGCUCCCACAGCCAUCAUCUCUGGGUGCUGCCGUCAGCUCUGGCUGCAGCUAGAGCGGGCCUGGUGAGUCUCGGGAACUGGGAGUUGGCCCUCCCCAGAGCCUCAAGAUUCCAUCCUCCACCAUGUGGACCUCAAGACUCCAGCCUGAGUUCCCGGCAGGUUGGAGUUUCUUGGCUAUGCGGGCCAGAAAGGGAAAAGGGGAGGAGAGUGGAAACCAAACCUCUUGCUAGUAAUGGUAAGCUGCCCAGAGGCCCAUUCAUGCAACUAUUUGUAAAGCACCUACAAGGUACCAGCCCCAUCAGCUCUAGAUCAGUACUGUCCAGUAGAACUUGCUGCGAUGAUGGGCGUGUUCUGCCUCUGCGCUGUCCAAUACAGCAGACAGUAGCCACACUGGCUGUUAACCACUUGGAAUGUGUCUAGCUGGACUGAGGAACUAAAUUUUGACUACAAUUAAAUGAAAAUAGCCACACAUGGCUAGUGGCUGCCGUGCUGGGGAGUGAAGCUCUACACUGGUGAGAAUUACAGGGAGGCUUCAGAACAAAUCAACCUAGGGUUAUGGAUGAGGACAUAACAGACACUGGCGAACACCAGUAUACAGGGCCCCCAUGGUGGUCAUGACUGUCCUCAUUGGUGGAAGUCUAAGAAUGUACCUUCUUC